AUGACACUGUGGAGUUUAAUAGCAGGAUGGCGAGUGAAUUUGGCGUGUUUCAUUUUGAAUUGGGUAGAGAACCAUUUGGAUACGACAAAGUGCUGGUAUCCGAAGUUGUUGAUUCUGCAUUUGGAUGAGACCAAGGAGUGGUUCGUAGACUGUCAGAAGUUGAUCGCUGUUGGUGAGUGGAUCAGAGAGGGCGCUUUAACCAAUAUCGUUGCACUUCUUUGCGAGGGCCGAACACAAGAUCCAGACACACCGCAGUAUUUGAGAAUGGUUGAUGAUGCGGUCAGGAAAAUGAUCGGUGAAUCGUGCUUAAACGCUCAUCAGCUGGUUGUGUCUUACGAGAAUCUGGACGAAUUGAACGAAACCGCAAGUGCUGUGAUACAGUGCUCUGGUCUGGGCAUUCUCAACCCGAAUACCGUCAUCCUCGACUUUCCAAAAUGUGGCAAAGCAACUAAUUUCAUAAAUCCAGGCCAGGGUGAGCUGUGGAGUUGUAUAGCGUCAACAAUCGAUAAAUAUUUAAUUGUUUGCAAAGGGGAUCUUUGGAAGCCGGUUCCAUCCUCUUUGACGGUGAUUUGUCUUUCAUCAACAAUGGAUCUGUGGUGGAUCGUUGAAGAUGAUGAUCUGAUAUUGUCAUUCGUUUAUUUGAUAAGUCGCAGUAAUCGAUGGACAUUCACACAAUUACGAAUAUUCGCACUUUUGAAAGACAACGAAUUGGAAUUAGUAAAGGAGAAUAUCGAACACAGAAUUCGUGAUGUGAGACUUCGAGUGGGUCGCGUAGAAUUCAAAUCGUUACCUGCUGACGAUCUGAAUGCCUACGGAAGUGCCAAACCAAAAGAUAUGACUAAUUCAAAACGUUCUCCGAAAUCAUCAUGUGUCACAUCUGAACAUAAUAAGCAUAAAAUACCUCUGGCAGAUACAACGAUAAAUCCAAGCGUAAAUAAUCUAAUUCGAUCGAUAUCAUCGAAUGCUGAUUUGGUGUUGGUGAAUUUACCGAGGGCACGACAAGAGGCAACAACCGCAUCCAGAUUAUUGCUGUCGCUGGACGUGAUCGGAGAUCAUUUGCCGAGACUGAUCGCCUUUAGAGCACCAAUCAAGAUCACGUUCUAA